CGAUCUCAUUGAAUCAAUUUCAUGGACCGCAAUAAACACUACUUCUCUCUGGUAUGAACCGUAGCGAAUGUAAUUUUAAAGUUACCUCGUCUUACCCAACUUAUUAGAUCAUUCGGUCAAGUUCACUCACCACUGAUUAAUUCCUUCACGAAAAAAACCUCUGUGGAUACAAUUUUACGAAUCUGCUUGUGAUAUGCCGUAAAAUAGUGCAAUUGUUUGACAUCAAACAAACUUGCAUAAUUUCGAGAAAAUGUUGUAUAAUAUAACCGCAAUGGAUAAAUUGCCUGUGUGCCUUAUCGAAACAAUAGUAUAAAAUGGAGUAGAAAGAACAUUUAUGGCAGUAAACAGUGAUACCUUUUGUGCAUCAGUGUUAGAAAAGAGUUUUCUUCCUACUGAAGAAAUAGUAUCCAUCAUAUGAUGUGUCGAAUUGUUGAAAUGCCCCUAUUCGUUUCCUGUACUCUCUUUGCCGCCCUAGUUAUGCCAAUGGUGCACUCAAGACCAUCCGGAGGAGAAGGAUUGAUGACUUUGAGCUUAGCAGAUACAGCUGUUGUAGAGUCGACAGUAAGAGAAGUGCGACAAGCGGUUCCCUCACAUAUAAGGGAUCUUCUACAGCCAGACACUAAAUCCGCCUACUUAGAGACGUUCGGUGACGAUGAUGACGAAAAAGGCUACCAUACAACCACCAAAGACAAAGGGCAAGAUGGGUACAAAAAACACGAGGAGUACCACAAAAAAGACAGCGACAGUUAUGGCUUCGAAAAACACACAGAAUUCGGAAAAGGGGAAAAAGGUGGAAAGUCCAGCAAACAUCACUCCAGCAAAGGUUCGCAAGGUGCGCCGUCCCAUGAAAGUUACAAAGUAGUGGAAAACGUUGAUGGGGACAAGAAGAAGUCUUUUGAAGAAUACGAAGGUGGCCAUUUUGCUGACAGUUAUCAUGAUGGUGAAUCUGAGGGCUACACUGAAUACGAAGGAGAUUCUGGACAUCUAGAAAGCGAAGGAGACGGAGAAUCGAGUCACUAUACGGCUGAUGAGUCCGAUGGUGAAUCAGAAGCAUAUACAGCUGAUGAAGAAGCGGAAGAUGACUAUUAAUUUCACAAUUCCAAGAUCAUGGUCAUUCGACUGUUUCCUUAGCAACCUUUCACUAUCGUGAAGAACUGAGUUUUGUAUCUAUACAAGAAUUAUCGAAUACUUAAUAAUAAUUGUUAUCUUUUCUGUUUAUAUUAUAUAUUUUCCAAUACCUGUAUGUUUCUUGUAAAUCAAUGAAUUUCUGAAUACAUGAGCAGGAUUUCCACUACUGGAUUUUGUGAUUCGUAUUGGAAUAUAUUGAAAAACUUUGAA